UUAGCCAAGUUUAAAGAUGGCGUCCAUCAUGGAAGGGCCGCUGAGUAAAUGGACUAACGUCAUGAAAGGUUGGCAGUACCGUUGGUUCGUUUUGGACUAUAAUGCUGGCCUGCUGUCAUACUAUACGUCAAAGGACAAGAUGAUGCGUGGUUCCAGAAGAGGAUGUGUGCGACUGCGGGGAGCUGUGAUUGGUAUUGACGACGAGGACGACAGCACUUUCACCAUCACCGUGGACCAGAAGACGUUCCAUUUUCAAGCCCGUGAUGCAGACGAGAGGGAAAAGUGGAUUCAUGCCUUAGAGGGCACUAUUCUGCGGCACACGCUCCAACUGAGGGAGGCUGAAACAGGGCUUGUUCCCAGUGUUCAGGAUUUUGACAAGAAGCUGGCAGAAGCAGAUGCCUACCUGCAGAUAUUGAUUGACCAAUUAAAACUUUUUGAUGAAAAAAUCAAGGACUGCAAAGAAGAUGAAUCACGCAGAAAAAUUGAAAACCUCAAGGAAACAACUUGUAGUAUGGUAGAAUCCAUCAAGCAUUGUAUAGUAUUGCUGCAGAUUGCCAAGGAUCAAAGUAACGAACAGCAGCACGCAAACGGACUGAUAAGUACUAUUAACCCCGUGGAUGGAAUUUACCAGCCUAACCCUCUGGAAUCAUCUAUAAUCAGCGCCAUGCCAACUCAGACUGCCCUUCCAACAGAUGGCACCCCGAUGUGCAAAGCAGAGCAGCGGCCAUCUACGUUGGCAGUGGGAACUGUGGGGACAAUGAUGGGGAACCUCCAGACUCCCACACCCAACAGCACAGGUAGUGGCCCAUCAGCUCCUAGCAGCAGUGUCACCUCUCCCAGCCAUGUCACCCUCUCUUCCAACACUGUCCCGGAUUUCUCCUACUCUAGCAGCGAGGAUGAGUUCUAUGAUGCUGAUGAAUUCUAUCAGAACAGUGCCUCUCCUAAGCACUGUAUGGACUCUUUCAUGACUCAAGCUACUUUGCCUCACAGUGGGACAGGAACGAGCCUGAAGAGACCAGACACCAAUGAGUCUCUCAACUCCUCCAUGUCCAAUGGGACCACCGAUGCAGAUCGGUUCGACAGUCAUGAUGAUCGAGAUGACGACGGAGAAGGGGAGUCAGUGGAGGAGCACAAGAGUGUCAUCAUGCACCUGCUGUCCCAGGUGCGACUAGGAAUGGACCUCACCAAGGUGGUUCUCCCUACUUUCAUUCUGGAACGGAGGUCACUGCUGGAAAUGUACGCUGAUUUUUUUGCACACCCGGAUCUGUUUGUUAGUAUUGCAGAUCAGACGGACCCCCGGGAUCGCAUGGUGCAGGUUGUGAAAUGGUACCUCUCUGCCUUUCACGCAGGAAGGAAAGGCUCAGUGGCCAAGAAACCAUACAACCCCAUUCUAGGAGAGAUCUUCCUCUGUCACUGGGACUUGCCUUCGGAAAAUGAGGAAAAUACUGAGCCUGUGUCUGAGGGACCUGUGCCUUGGUGCACAAAGACCAAUGUCUCAUUCGUAGCAGAGCAGGUCUCUCAUCACCCACCCAUUUCUGCUUUCUAUGCUGAGUGCUACAAUAAAAAGAUUCAGUUCAACGCUCACAUUUGGACAAAGUCAAAGUUCUUGGGAAUGUCUAUUGGAGUGCAUAAUAUUGGGCAAGGCUGUGUGUCUUGUCUAGAGUAUGAUGAACACUAUAUCCUUACCUUCCCCAACGGAUAUGGAAGGUCCAUUCUCACAGUGCCCUGGGUAGAGUUAGGAGGAGAGUGCAAUAUCUCUUGCUCCAAAACAGGCUACAGCGCCAACAUUGUUUUCCACACAAAACCUUUCUAUGGUGGGAAGAAGCACAGAAUAACAGCUGAAAUUUUUGCCCCAAACGAUAAAAAGUCCUUCUGCUCAGUUGAGGGCGAGUGGAACGGUGUGAUGUUUGCAAAGUUGGCUACAGGGGAGAAUACGCUGUUCAUAGAUACGAAGAAGAUGAGCACCAUCAAGAAGAAGGUCAGAAAGCUGGAGGACCAACAGGAAUUUGAGUCUCGGAAGCUGUGGAAGGAUGUUACAGUGAAUUUAAAGCUGAAGGAUAUUGACUCUGCAACAGAGGCAAAGCACAGACUGGAGGAGAAACAGAGGGCCGAGGCCCGAGAGAGGAAGGAAAAAGAGAUGCAGUGGGAGACGAGGCUUUUCCAUGAGGAUGGGGAAUGCUGGGUUUAUGAUGAACCUCUGUUGAAACGCCUGGCUGCCAACAAACACUGAGGACCCAGGGGGAGAGAUGCGAAACGCAGAGCCUUCAGCCAGAACUGCUUAUGAACCACACCUCAUUGAAAAGCCUUUGAAUGAUUGACUACGUACUCAGCUUUGCAUUUUUGAAGUAAAAAAAAACUCUCAGAACUGUGUUCCUUGCCACCACCAACAACAUUUUUGUCCCCCCCCCUCCCCAACAAAUACCACCACCACACUGCAAAUUACCCUCCCACCAUCUCUCACACACAGUCUCAAAGGAAACCCUGAAGGAUGCGUUUUUUUUCCAGGGUGGUCUGGAUGGGAUGGACCUUGAAAACAUACAGCAGUCUUUAUCUCAGGGAAUCUGGCAACUUGGGGAAAGGCUGAAAUAUAGGAGGAGCUCAAAAGGCCUUACUGGUGGAAUGGAGGGGAGGACUUGGCUUGCCUACAGCUAACUACAGCUGUAUAUAAAUAUUUAUAUAUUAUAUAUAUUCUUUUUUAUUUUAUUCUUGGUUUCCUUCCUGGCAAUAGUAGCUCUCUGAGGCUGUGACUGAUCUCUUCAGCCAGACAUCAAGAAACAUUAAUCUUACCCCUCGUGAGCUGAGCCCCAUUCUCUUAAGUUUCUCUCCAUUUUUCUCGGCCACCUCACAAAUAAACAAAUGAAGAAAAAGCAAGAUCAGCAACUGAUACACCAUUACCAGGACAAGCGCCACAAGCCUUUAAGGAUCUGACGCUGCAAGUCGUCACUUUGCAGAGAUACGGUUUUCAAAACGGGCUAGUUUUCUCUCAAGGCAUGCUUUGAGUGAGGUUAGCAUGUAGGGAAACCUCAUUUUUUUUUCCUCUGUUAAAUGUGACAAAAGGCACAAGGCUUUGGACUGUUGGCACGGGAUGCUGUUUUAAGUUUGGGCUAUUGAGUAAGUAGAACAUUAGGAACUUCUCUUGGCUGCUGAUGGCUGCUGCUGAGGUGAUGAUGUUCCUUCAAUGCCUCUGCAUAAAUAGUCAUACCAGAUGCUCCCACUCUUUCCUUUAGAGAUUUCAGUGUUUGGAGGUGAUGUUGCUUAAAUGCAGAACCUUUCAAUCUGUUCUGUUGUUGGUCUGUGGCUGACUGUCUCAACUCUGUAGUUGACUUUAAUUUUCUUCCAAUCAGAAUUGUUAAGAAGGUGGUUUGCCACGGUCCUUCAGAGGAAUAGGUAGGAACACCUGCUAAACCCUGAUCCCUGGGCAGUUUCUGUUUGGUCCUCUGUGUAUAUCCGUGCUGAUCUGGGCUUUGAUUCUAAGAACAACACAAUACUCCCUUAUGGUCUUCUAACCGACAGUACGAACAACUGAAUGGACUGACUUUUUUGUCUUAAGUAAACAGUGGGUAUGUAUAAUGGAAUUAGCAGAGAUUACAAACUCAAAAGGCCAUUUUUUCUUUUUUAUUGUAAAUUAAGUUCAAAUUAAGGCCUUGCCAUUCAUUUCAGUGUCACUUGCUUGAAGAAAGCAAUCAACAAACAAAACUGUUUUUAUUUUACAUAUAUUUGAAAUUGUAAUCAUUGAUUCUCAUUGUACCAGAUUCUCAUGUUUAUUGAUGCAGAAUAUUAAAACCUUCAUGAAUUUA